AUGGCUUCCGGCGCACCACGAGCAUCGGGCCGAGCAAGCGCCAACGAAUAUCGCGACGACAGGCCCCGCGUCUCGGCCACAACCAACCUCAAGACCGAACGCUCCGAUUCUCGCAAGGGUCCUUCACCUGCUCCGCCCAGUUUCUCAGCUGCACAUAAACGCUCAGCUUCAAGUGCCCCAAGGGCUUCGAGUCGCACUGAGGAGGAGCGUCGUUUCGAGUCCCGCAGGGUAACGGAGCGCACCUUUGAAGCUCACCUCGAGCGCGCAGUCCCGCGAAAUGCGAGUCCAGAACGAUCACAUCGAAGGAAUGCUGCUUCCGAGAGUAGAAAUCCCUCCAAAGCCCCUAGGCACGACGCUCCCGAAGCUCGCCAGGCAAGAGCUGAAACUCCACAGGCACCAUGGAACCCCGAAGUGACACUCCUACCACAUACAACGGCUCCUUUAGCCUCCCGAAUAUCAAUACCUCCUCUUGCUUCCACUGUACCGCAGGCACCCCAACCGAAACCCUUGAGCGAGCUGAGCCUGGAGCUCCAAGAAGCCGCCAUAGUAGAGGACCUCCUGUUUGUCUUUAUGGGAUACGAAGGCCAGUACAUCAGGUUCGCCAAAGGAUAUAACCCCAAUGAAGAGAGGGACAGAUUAUCGGGGCCCAGCUUUAGAACGCUACCUGGCCUUGACCCGAGUCUGCAGGAUCUGACACAGUCAAUGCUCAAAAUGGCAACAUAUUACUCUGCUCUCGAGGCUUUUGUCGACGUGCAGAGUCGAGAGGAGUUUGGUGCUGUGAACCAUGCCCUUUGCGCAUCAAUACGCAAGUUUAUACAUGACUAUCUAGUCAUGGUUGCGCAGCUCGAGACACAGUUUCUCACUAGCGAAACAUUCACUGUACAUGUGCUCAACAUCCAUACUAUGUCUACCAGCCAGAUGAUGCUACAACUAUACUCGCUCGCUCAUGAGCUGCUCAAAAAGAAUGCUCUUCUCGACGACGAAACCGACGAAUCUGAGGAUAGUGCUGACGAUUUCGAAAAUAUUCUCGAGACUCUCCGAGAUGGAGGCGAGCUAGUCCCAGGUAAUAUGACGGGCAAGAAAAUCUACAAAGGCGGCGUGGUUCUUGGUCUAAUUACAAAACGUCUGGAAUCUUUGUCAGGUGAUCCAGCAGCACGAGCAUUGCUGACGACCCUGCUACGAGAUGCGAGCAAGCCAUACAUGGUUAUGCUUAAUGAAUGGCUUCAUCAUGGCGGAAUUCAUGAUCCCCACGCCGAGUUUCUCAUCAAAGAGCAGAAGAGUAUUCGCCGCGAGCGCCUGGAGCAAGACUAUACCGAUGAAUACUGGGAGAGGAGAUACACAAUUAGGGAUCAUGAUAUCCCACCACAACUCGAGGGUGUCAAGGACAAGGUUCUAUUGGCCGGAAAGUACUUGAACGUGGUUCGUGAGUGCGGUGGUGUUGAUGUCAGCAAAGUCGCAAAAGAUGUGCCAGCUUCUUUCGACGACAAUCGAUUUCUUGAAAAUGUCAACAACGCCUACGCUCAUGCCAACGAAUCCCUUAUGCAAUUACUCCUCACAGCGCACUCUCUUCCUGCGCGUCUACGGUCUCUCAAGCACUACUUCUUCCUCGACCCUUCAGACUACUUCUCCUACUUUCUCGAGCUGGGCGCGUCUGAGUUGCGCAAACCUGUCAAGUCUGUUAACACCGGCAAGCUGCAAUCUCUACUAGAUCUUGUUUUGCGCCAACCUGGAAGUCUUGUCUCCCUUGAUCCAUUCAAGGAGGAUGUCAAGGUUGAAAUGAACGAGACUGUUCUCACAAAGGCCCUGCAACGUGUUGUCAAUAUCACAGGUAUUGAGCAAGGAGAGGCUCUACAACCUGUUGCCAACCAACCUAUCGAUAGCGACAAGAACGCCGUGGGCUUCACGUCUCUCCAACUCGAUUACGCAGUACCCUUCCCUGUUUCACUUGUCAUUAGCAGGAAGACUGUAUGGCGCUAUCAAGCCCUCUUCCGUUACCUCCUCUCUCUGCGCUAUCUCGAGUCGCAGCUCUCAAGUACCUGGCAAACACAGACUCGGGGUAUCAGCUGGGCACACAAGGGUGCUUUGCGAAAACUCGAGAUCUGGAAGCGGCGUGUUUGGACGCUUCGCGCUCGUAUGUUGGUCUUUGUCCAGCAACUACUAUAUUUUUGCACGGCCGAGGUCAUUGAGCCAAACUGGAACAAGUUUAUGUCGAGCCUCAAGACAAAAGAUGAGACGGUAGAUUCGAGCUCAGGGGUACCAACGCGAACUGUCGAUGAACUGAUGCAGGAUCAUGUGGACUUUUUGGAUACUUGCCUCAAAGAAUGCAUGCUCACUAACAGCAAACUAUUAAGAAUCCAUUCCAAACUCAUGCAGACUUGCACAAUUUUCGCUGCUUACACAAACUGGCUGACCCGCGAGCUCGAAAAGUCAGAUCCAGAUCUUUCAGGCUCCAACAAACCUUCCACCAUGACGGCGGAUCAGUGGAAACGUUUCCAGAUGACCAAGGCAGUACAGCGAGGCUCAACAUCAGCUCACCAAGAAGCUUCAGCCUCGGCCGGCAAUGGCGAUGUAGAUGCCCGUAUUGACAAUCUCUUUGAGAUCAUUCGCAAGUGGGAGGGUAAUUUCAGUCGUCAUCUGCAAAUUCUGCUUGAUGCCCUCAAUCAUUAUGCCGCGACUGAGACGGUGGUGCUGCUGAGUCUGUGUGCGCGCUUGAGCACUGCGAAUCAAGGGACGGAGUAUGCGGGAUUGCGGCAAGAGGAUGAGUCAACUUGA